AACUGUUGGAUUCAGCGGAGCUCUGAUAAAUGCAGCUGAGCAGAGACGAUGUGCUGUGGAUGGGGGGAUGCCUGAGCACUGGGUACCACUACGGGAGAAGACUACUCAUCACCACUGCCUGGGAUGUACCACCAUAUGAUCUCUAUGGCAUGUGUGCUUAACCAGCAGAGGGACCUCCAAUCCUAGUGCAUGGCUCCUCCAGCUGUGUCCAUGUCGGACCCGGAUGACUUUGCGGCCCUGGCAGGCUCCUGGAACUCAUCAGAUCUGAGUCUCUUUAACCCAGCCAGUGUGGUGGUGCCAGUUAUCUUUUCUCUCAUCUUCUUGCUGGGAACAGUGGGGAACAGUCUUGUCCUGGCUGUGCUUCUGAGAAGUGGCCAGCGCACUCACAAUACCACCAACCUCUUCAUCCUGAACCUUAGUGUGGCAGAUGUGUCCUUCAUCAUCUUCUGCGUCCCAUUCCAGGCCACCAUCUACUCUCUGGAGGACUGGGUCUUUGGAGCAUUCAUGUGCAAAGCCGUUCACUUCUUUAUCUACCUGACCAUGUAUGCCAGCAGCUUCACCUUGGCAGCAGUUUCUGUAGAUCGAUACCUGGCCAUCCGAUAUCCCCUGCGUUCCCGGGAACUGAGGACUCCUUGCAACGCUGUAGCCACCAUGGCCAUUAUAUGGGGUUUAUCUGUGAUCUUUGCUGGACCCUAUUUAAGUUACUACGACUUGAUGGAUUUUGAUACCAGCCACAUCUGCAUGCCAGGAUGGAAAGAGAGGACUCGUAAAAUUAUGGAUACUGGCACCUUCAUCGUGGGAUAUGUUAUUCCGGUGCUUAUUGUAAGCCUGUCUUACACCAGAACCAUUAAAUAUCUUUGGACUGCUGUAGACCCCUUAGAGGACAUGUCGGAGUCCAAAAAAGCCAAGAGAAAAGUGACCAAGAUGAUAAUUAUUGUGACUGUCCUCUUCUGCCUAUGUUGGCUUCCUCACCAUGUGGUGGUCAUGUGCUAUCUUUAUGGUGACUUUCCAUUCAACCAAGUUACCUAUGCCUUCCGUCUUCUCUCCCAUUGCAUGGCCUAUGCCAACUCUUGCCUCAAUCCAAUUGUCUAUGCUCUAGUGUCCAAGCACUUCCGAAAAGGAUUCCAGAAAGUCUUCAGCUGUCUCUUAAGGAAGAAAGGACGAAACAAGGUGCACGUGGUCAAUGUGGCCCACGCCGAGCCUGGGUUUGAUGCCGCCUCCACGGAAGUGUCUCACAUCAACGAAGACCAUGGAAAGAGAAGUGUUCGUCAAACAACUGGGAAUCAUUCAGACUCCUCUAGACCGUUGGGCACCCCCUGAACUUCCGACAAGAAAACAAGAGAAGGAAACUAAUUGUACCCAUCUUUGAAAUCCUUUCAAAAGGGUAAAGGUAUUUUCAGGUGAUGAAAUAUGAAGACUACUCCAAAGCACCUUGACAAAGAGUGGUCCACCACACAUGAAAUGGCCAGAGGGAUGGUGUUUUCUUUUGACUUUGUUGCCAAUUUUUUUUAUUGACAAGAUUAUCUUUGGAACCACAUGUUCCUAGGACCUCCUCUGUGAAAGGUUUUAUUCCACAUGUUAACUCCUUUUGUGGAACACAAAUAGUGGCUAGACUGUAAAAAAGACAAAAGUGUCCAAAGGGCUGCCACCGUCAAGACAGGUUGCUCUAAACUGAGGGACAAUUCCUAUAUCUUAUAGCACUUAAAGACAAAUUCCAGACUACAUUUAUUUCUUUAGAGCAACAAAAUAUGUGCCAAAACAACCACUUUGUAAUUUAAGCUAAAUAAAACUGAUGGGAAAUAAGGAAUAGCCACUAUAACCAGUGUUAUAUUUGUUCCACUGCAAGCAACUCCAAAUCUAUUCAUUGCCAUCAAUAGCCUCAGGAUUAGCUAUUCUGAAACUAUAUACCGUAAUUACUGGUGAAGUGGUAAUACUAAUUUAUUGCUAACUUGCGAGAGAUAACAAUGUCAAAUUACAUGUCUUUUGCAACUAAACUCUGAAAAGUAGAGGAACGAGAUUCUGCCCUCUCACCUACCUGCAGGGAAAUGUAAAUAUAAAUGCAGUUUGGAUAUAUGGGACUAUUGCCAAGAAAAGUGUAUCCAGCAAACGGUGGAAUUUCUGUAAUUUUAUUAUCACGAGAUUCUAGAUGGGAUGGGAUAAAUUCCAUGCUAAGGGUGAAAAAUACUUUAAGACGGUAUAAAUCAAUAAAAUGAGUCUGAGGACUGUG